AUGGUUACUAUAAUCAGCACCAUGGAAACCCAGGUGUCCAAUGGUCCAAGCGGAACCAGUAUGCCAAACGGUCCGGUCAUCAGCACCAACGGCUCCACAGACGACAGCAAGACCAACCUGAUCGUCAACUAUCUGCCUCAGAACAUGACCCAAGAGGAGUUCAAAAGUUUGUUCGGUAGCAUCGGAGAGAUUGAAUCCUGCAAGCUCGUCAGAGACAAGAUAACAGGCCAGAGUUUGGGAUACGGGUUUGUAAACUAUGUGGAUCCGAAUGAUGCGGACAAGGCCAUCAACACACUGAAUGGUCUCAAGCUCCAGACCAAAACAAUCAAGGUAUCAUAUGCCCGGCCAAGUUCGGCUUCUAUUCGUGAUGCCAACCUUUAUGUAAGUGGACUCCCCAAGACCAUGAGCCAGAAAGACAUGGAACAGCUGUUCUCCCAAUACGGUCGCAUCAUCACAUCCCGCAUCCUAGUGGACCAAGUCACAGCAGGCGUAUCACGAGGAGUGGGUUUCAUCCGGUUUGACAAGCGAAAUGAAGCAGAGGAGGCCAUCAAAGGUCUGAACGGACAGAAGCCUCUGGGCGCCGCUGAGCCCAUCACUGUCAAGUUCGCCAACAACCCCAGCCAGAAGACGGGCCAGGCCUUACUGACCCAGCUGUACCAGACCGCUGCCCGGCGCUACACGGGGCCGCUGCACCACCAGACUCAGCGUUUCAGCGUGAUCCCUUCACUUGGAAAGGGACCUGAUCCAAAUAACAGCUCAAAACCAAUACUCGACAAUUUACUAAACGCCAGCUACGGAGUCAAGAGUUCUCCUACUCUCUUCCCCAGAUUCUCGCCCAUCACCAUUGACAGCAUGACCAGCCUUGCCGGAGUCAACCUCACUGGUCCGACCGGAGCCGGAUGGUGCAUCUUUGUGUACAACCUGUCCCCCGAGGCGGACGAGAGCGUCCUGUGGCAGCUCUUUGGGCCUUUCGGCGCCGUUACCAAUGUCAAGGUCAUCCGUGACUUCACCACCAACAAAUGUAAGGGCUUUGGCUUUGUCACCAUGACCAACUACGACGAAGCCGCCAUGGCCAUUGCUAGCCUUAACGGCUACCGCCUGGGUGACCGCGUGCUGCAGGUUUCCUUCAAAACCAGCAAGCAGCACAAGGCCUGA